AGAUGUCAAGUUGGACACAAUAAUGACAAAUUGACAUCUAACAGAUAGUAGAAUAAAUAAUAAACCAAACGCUAGUUCCCUACAAACAACCUUUUUAGAAGGCCAUAACGUCUGUAGCAAGGACAGUCAAUAGGGGUAGACGACGACGAUAUGAGCGAGGGGACGAGACCGACUGGGUUUCAGUUAAGGGAGUCACGCGGCGGCACGCUAUAGCAUCGUAGCGGGUGCGCUGACAUGGCUGGCCGUGAAGGAGUCCGCAGCAGCGCUAGGCUAAGCGGGGGAACCUCCGCUGCUGCGUCGACUCCCAGCGUGAGCGAACAUGUCAGCAAAGAGCAGCGCGAAGCGGCAGCGGCGCUGCGGCGAGCGCGAGCAGCGCGUGCGGCCGAGCGGGCGCGCGAGGUUGAGGACAGCCCGCGGGUGCUGCGUGAGAAGUGUCGUCAGCUCGCCAAGGUGUUGCAAGAAGCUAAACAUCUGGUCGUGUAUACGGGUGCGGGUAUCAGCACGGCGGCCGACAUCCCCGACUACCGCGGGCCGCGCGGCGUGUGGACGCGUCUGCAGCGCGGCGAGACUGUUGGUCGAGUGGAAGUGUCCCGCGCGCGGCCCACGUUCACGCACAUGGCGCUGACGGCGCUGUGGCGGCGCGGCGCGCUCAAGUUCGUGGUGUCGCAGAACUGCGACGGGCUGCACCUGCGCGCCGGGCUGCCGCGGCGCGCGCUGGCCGAGCUGCACGGCGACAUGUUCGCCGAGCGCUGCCCCGCCUGCCGCCGCGUGUACCUGCGCGCCUUCGACACCACCGAGCGCACGGCGCGCCACGCGCACGCCACGCGCCGCCUGUGCCACGACUGCGGCCGCGAGCUGCGCGACUCCAUCGUGCACUUCGGCGAGCGCGGCCGCGCCGCCUGGCCGCUCAACUGGGCCGGCGCGCUGCGCCACGCGGGCGCCGCCGACGUCGUGCUGUGCCUGGGCUCCAGCCUCAAGGUGCUGCGCCGCUACCCGCGCCUGUGGCGCAUGCACCGCGCGCCCAGCGCCCGCCCCGCGCUCUACAUCGUCAACCUGCAGUGGACGCCCAAGGACGCCGUGGCCGCGCUCAAGAUCAACGCGCGCUGCGACGCCGUCAUGGCGCAGGUGGCGCGGCGCCUGCGCCUGCGCGUGCCGCGCUACGACGCGCGCGCCGACCCGCUGCUGGCGCACGCCGAGCCGCUGGCGCCGCCCGAGGCGCACACCACGCGGCGCCCGCUGCUGGCGCGCGCCCCCACAUAA